GAAAGGUGGUCUGUUUUGGAAACUGCUGCUGGACAAGCGAGGAAAAUGUGAAAAAAAAAAAAAACAGUCUACCGUGUGGAACAAAAAAUAAAUAUAUAAAAUAAAAUAACAGUGUAACUAUUUCAGUGCUUCAUGGAUUGAACGGUUCUGUGUGAGGAGGAAUGUGGAGGCGGUCUGGACCCUGCCCCUGAGUUUUUCUUCUCUAUGCUGGGAAUGAAAAUGAAGACCUAUGUGUGAAAAGUGACGUGUCAACCUAAAACAGGGAUAAAAAAAAAACACAAAAAAAACCUUGGAAGUGACAGCCUUCACCAUGGAAAAGAAAGAAAGGAAACCAAGUUAUUUUGCGAGCGUGAUGCGUUCAGGAGGUUGGGCAAAGGAAAGACAAAUUGAUUAGCUCAGUGAAAGCUUCCCAGAAGCCCAGAGACUGUUCCAGUGAAGGUUUAAAAUGUUCAGUCUGGACAGGCUAUGUGAGGGGCUCCACAAUUAUGCUGCGAAUAACAGCCUCUACUGGCUAAAAAGGAGAAAGCAGAUCAAACAGUGUUCAGAAACAACCGUGGCAGAUCCCUCCGACGGUUCCAAACAUGCAGGUCGAGAGAAUCAGGACAAGCCCCCUGCGUCGGACAAGGGCACGAAACUGGCUUCGGAUCCAGCAAAGACAUCUGCCAACAACAAGUCGAACGCUUCUGAUGAAGACAAGAAAAAAAAGAAAAGUGUGAAAGAGAAUAAAUGUACAGAUCUUACAAAAUAUAAUGCAAUUGGAGCUGUCAGAAGCCACCUUUGCAAUCUGCUUUACAGACCAUAUUAUGACAAUAGAGACAAAACCCAUGAAAAGAAAGAGAAGAAAAUGGUGGUCCAGAAACCAAACGGCACAGUGGAAUAUAUCGCUAAAUCCCAGGACACUCUCAGCUGCAUUGCCUUGAAGUUUAACAUCACCCCAAAUAAACUAGUAGAAAUCAACAGGCUCUUCUCACAUACCAUCGUCACAGGGCAGAAACUUUAUGUGCCUGUUAUGGACCAUGAUUCCAACAGAGCCCGUUCGCUCAGCUCAGACAGCCCUGCUUCCCCAGUAUCCUCCUCCGAUGCAGAAUAUGAUAAACUACUGGACGCAGACCUAGCCAGAAACUCAUCAAAGCCCAUCCAGAGAGUCCUAUCGUCAGCUUCUGAAGAAGAGGAGCUGGUGACUGUCAAGUUUUUAAAAAUGAGCUGCAGAUAUAUCACAGACGGAAAGGGAGUGGUCGGUGGAGUUAUGAUCGUCACUCCAAACAGCAUUAUGUUCGACCCUCAUAAAUCGGACCCGCUGGUGAUCGAGAAUGGCUGUGAAGAGUAUGGUCUCAUUUGCCCCAUGGAGGAGGUGCUCUCUAUUGCCUUGUACAGUGACAUCUCACACAUGAAGAUCAAAGAUGCUCUACCAUCCGACCUACCAAAGGAUCUUUGUCCCCUGUACAGGCCUGGAGAGUGGGAAGACCUUUCUUGUGAUCAGGAUAUCAAUCCUUUUAGCCGAUUCCAGGCCAAGAAUAAAAAGAAACGUCGGGCACACCUUAGUGAGACCGUCACCCCUGUCUUGGACAGUGCAGAGAAGUCUCACUCAGAUGAAGGCUUUACUGAACUAGAACCACCUUCCUCCCCAGCCACAGGUACAUCACAUAGUGGGAAAGAAACCAAUGGCAUUCCUGUUGGUAUCAUUAAUGGGAUUGAUGCAAAUAAAAUUACAGUGAAGCUGGAACCUUUUGCAAUAGAAAAAGAUCAGUCCGUUACAUCAUUAGCAUCAGUUCAGGAAUCCUCUGUAAACCCUGCAGCUGCAGGGGAGGUAGAAUUGAGAGAUGACACUAGUUUAGUAAGUGGACACUCUAAGAAUGUUACUCCAGAACCACCCAUUCAUAAACCUUUCACAGACAUUCCCAAAGAGGACGAGCAGACUUCACUGAAGGGAAAUGAAUUGCCUGGGCAAGGGAAGCAAGCCCAGGGUUCUCCUCCCAUGAGAAAAACCUCCAAAGUUGACUUCAUUGACACAGAGAUGCUUGGCAGUGGUAAUAACAACGCAUAUUCAGAUACAUUUGCAAAGGAAACCACUGUGGCAGAGGGCACAGGGGCACACCAGAAUUCCUUGUCUGAUGCACUGAAUGGAAAGGGACCACUGUUAAAAUCCUCAGAAGAAGGAAAUCAGCAGAAAAACAGUGAAGCAGAAUUGAAAUCCUGGCUACUUAAAAAGAUAGAGGGACCAAUUGAGGAUAUGCUGCCAUCAAAAGAAGAGAAAAGCAAGACGCCCCCAAUGUUCUUGUCCAUCAAGGUGGGCAAACCUAUGAGGAAGACCUUUGCAGAUAAGAGCAUGGCUCCAAUACAGCAUUAUGCAAGGAGAGGGAAGCAGCCUGAGUAUUGGUUUGCUGUUCCCCAGGAAAGGGUGGAUCACCUGUAUGCCUUCUUUGUACAAUGGUCACCAGAGGUCUAUGGAAAAGAUGCUAAGGAACAUGGCUUCGUCGUGGUGGAGAAGGAAGAGCUUGACAUGAUUGACAACUUCUUCAGUGAUACAGUUCCCAAAAGCUGGGAGAUCAUCAAUGUCAAUGAGGCAAGAAGACAGCAGAGCUUUAGCAGUUUUGAGGAUGAAGUGGUGGAAGACCUGCUACCAGUCCUGAAGGAUCACAGUGUGCUCUUAGAAGAGCCACACAUCCAAAAGUUGGCACAGUGUCUGCCUGCCAGGACUCAGGGGUAUCCGUGGAGACUGGUAUACAGUACAGCAGUGCAUGGAACCAGCUUGAAAACCUUGUACCGCAACAUGACAGAUCUGGACAGUCCUGUGCUUCUGGUUAUUAAAGAUAUGGACAAUCAGGUCUUUGGGGCAUUAACAUCACAUCCUUUUAAAGUUAGUGAUCACUGUUAUGGCACAGGAGAGACCUUUUUCUACUCUUUUAAUCCUGACUUUAAGAUCUUCACGUGGAGUGGACAAAAUUAUUACUUCAUUAAAGGAAAUAUAGAUUCUCUACAACUGGGAGGUGGAAGAGGACAUUUUGGUUUGUGGCUGGACUCAGACUUGUAUCAUGGCUCCAGCUACCCUUGUGAAACCUUCUGCAAUGAAACUCUGUCAAAGAAAGAGGACUUCAUUGUCCAGGACAUUGAAGUGUGGACCUUUCAGUAAACAAGCAAAGAAAACCACUGAAUGGACUGCCUUAGCUGUGUACAUGGUUUCCAUGCCAGGGGCCACUCUGCAUUUGAGUGUACUGGUUGGUUAUAAUCCCCAAUGCUGGCUGCCUUAGACCCCAAACACAGUGCUUGUAAGCCUUGUCUGCCACAGCAUGCUGGCAAACAUGAGCCGCUUUACAAAAGCAGAACCACAAAGAUAGUGAGGGACACAAAACAAAGAAAUAAGAGAUAUUUGCUUCCUAGUUUCUUCCUUUUACCUUUGUUCAAGUGUGAACACAUUUACGCUCAUGAGGAACCCAUUAGUAAUGCCAGUCAUUACAUGGGUUAGCUUUGUGAGUAAAGGGUAGAUAAAGAAGACCUACUUUAAAAUCUGUUCAGGUUACGCCCUAUAAGACCUUACAACACUUGUAAUAUUACUGAUACUGUCAUACACAACAACUACAUUAUCAAGGGAGUUUUAGAACAUAGUUGUAGUCAACAGUCAUAGGCAACAGGUACACAUUAGUGUACCAAUUAAAUCACAACUUGUGAUUAGGUAGGUUUUUAUCAUAUGCUUGUCACCUACCUCCCCUUGUUUUUGUGAGGGAUUCAUCUUGGAUUUUUUUUUUAUUUUUUAUUUAUAUUUUUAUUUUUAAAAGCAGACCUGAUUUGAUUCUCUCUCAGGACAUUUCACAAAAAACACACAAAACCACUAAAAAAUCAUAAGUGGAAAGCUUCAAAGACAUUUAAAUGUAUAGCGUAACUAUUUCUGAGGAAAUGGACUGUGCAAGUUAAUUUUGGAUCCAGGUGCUUUUUACAUUUUGACAUUCAAUUUAUAAAUUGCCUGUUGUCUGUCUGUUUGCAUGUUCUAGACUUAUUUCUCUCCUCUACUGAUUUAUGGAUUGAAAAUACACCAAAAAGGGAAGAUACUGACCAUCAUAAAAUACUGAAAACAUAAGAU